CUAAAAUAUCCCUAGUCCACAAGUAAAGGGGAAGUGCAAGUUAUUGCUGGCUUGGAAACUCCUCGUCCCCUCGAACCUCUUCAGUUCAACUCACGAAGGAGGUAUUUUUAUCUUGACUGUGACUGCUUCCUUUAACAACAGGCAAAGAAAGAGAGAGAAGAAGCCCAAAAAGCUUUUUAAAUUCUUCAUCUUCUUCUUCUCCUUCUUAGCAAUAAUAAUAAUAAUUUAAAUUAGAAGAAGACAAAACCCCAAUUGAAUUCCCUCAAGAAAGAAGAGGAGAGGGAAAAAAAAAUCCCUCUUUCCUCCACGCAACCCAAACAAAACCCCCUCCCAAGCUACCUCUCUUUCUGCCGUUUCUUUCUUCUCCGAAAUCUUCUCUUCUUGGCAAAACAAAAGAUUUCAUUGCCCUCAAUUUCUCCAACGAUAAUCUCAGCCCGCUACUUGUUUCUGAUCUCAGUGCUGUUUCUUUUAGUCGGCGCCACUGAAUCCUCACUCUUUUUUCUUGAAUUUUUCUUCCCUUCGGUUAUAUCGUUAUUCUUUCCCGGGUUUCGAGAUUGAAUCAGAGGCUCCGUCAAAACCCAACUCAUAGCCUUAACUGUUACAUUGUUUGGCUUGAUUUCAAGUGAGCUUUGCCUUAACCAUUUAUGUGGUUUGGGGAAUGGACUGGAUCCUUUUGCCUGUAGUAAGUGUUUGUGAAUGAUGUUCAGUGGGCAAAAGUUUAAUGCUCUGAGCAUAUUCAAGUGGAAAUGGCGUGGUGAAUCAUCUUUGACAACCAGCUUGCUCGAUGAUGUUCCGCCAGAGAUUGAAUUGUCAGAUUAUAGAAGGGUACCAAGUCCUGGUAGUGAGAGCCCUUCUGGGCUCCUUAAUGGCGAGAGCUUGAAUGUGGAACCAAUUGCUGAUUUGGACCUUUUCUUUGAAAGACUCUACAAUUACUAUUGUGAGAAAGGGCUUUGGUGUAUUAUUAUAAAGUGGAUAGUUGAGCUUUUCAGCCUGGGUUUCACCAUUGGUUUCUCAGGAUUUUUCUUAUUAUAUGUUGAUUGGAAUGGUCUUCGUAAUGCUAAGUGUGGGAUGGAUGCUGUAGAAUCUGGAAUCAAGCCCUGUGACCUUGCUAAAGAAGCUCUCCAUCCUCACCCAGUAACCCCUCUAACGCUUUCAAAAGCUAUCAUUGUUGGUUAUUUGGGGUUAUUUUCUAUAUGUUGGAUCUUCUGUUUCUUAAGGUUUUUUGCUCAAUUGAAGGACAUUCUUGGUAUCCGGCACUUCUAUUAUAACAGUCUCCAUGUCACAGACAAUGAAAUUCAAACCAUGCCAUGGGCUACAAUUCUUGAAAAGGUUGUUGAGUUGCAACACUCACAACAACUAUGUGUGGUUAAGGACCUUACUGCUCAUGACGUGGUGAUGCGAUUGAUGCGGAAGGAGAACUACUUGAUUGGAAUGCUCAACAAAGGAGUGCUUGCUUUUCCAAUCUCCUCAUGGAUUCCAGGUGCUGGCCCAACUGUCAGGAAUGGUUCAAAUGGAAUGCAGCAUCGCCUAAUACUGACAAAACCCCUCGAGUGGACGUUAAAUUGGUGCAUAUUACAGAGCAUGUUUGAUCGAAACUUUUGUGUUAGGAGGGACUUCAUUUAUAAUCCUAAUGCAUUAAAGAAAAGGCUUAUGGUAGUUGGUCUUGCAAUGGUUGUCCUUUCACCAUUUCUUGUUAUAUUCAUGCUGGUGUAUCUCUUCCUAAGGCAUGCUGAACAAUUUUAUAAUCAUCCAAGCACAGCAUCAUCUCGAAGAUGGUCAAAUUUGUCAAGGUGGACUUUUAGAGAAUUCAAUGAGGUUGACCAUUUGUUCAAGCAUCGGAUCAAUAGCAGUGUGAUGCAUGCUUCAGAAUAUCUAAAGCAAUUCCCCUCACCUAUUAUUUCAAUCAUCGCAAAAUUCAUUUCUUUUGUCUCUGGAGGCUUUGCUGCUAUCCUGAUCAUCAUUGCAUUUCUGGAGGAAUCUUUGCUAGAGGGCCAUAUAUUGGGGCGCAACUUGUUUUGGUAUGCUGCUGUUUUUGGAACUAUAACAGCUAUCAGCCGGGCUGCUGUUACAGAUGAGGUCCUGGUCCUUGAUCAAGAAGGGGCUAUGUCUAUGGUUGUCCAGCACACACACUACAUGCCAAAGAAAUGGCGAGGCAAAGAAAAUACUGAGAGGGUCCGCAUGGAGUUUGAAACCUUAUUUCAGUAUACUGGAAUGAUGUUACUUGAGGAGAUGGCAUCAAUUUUCCUCACUCCUUUCCUGCUUUUGUUUGUUGUCCCAAAGCAUGUGGAUGACAUCUUACAAUUCAUUGCUGAUUUCACAGUGGAUGUUGAAGGUGUUGGCCAUGUUUGCAGUUUUAGUACUUUCAAUUUUCAAAAGCAUGGAAAUAGCAAUUAUGGCUCUCCCUAUAACACGCUUCGUUCCCAGAGAAGUUGCCAGGGGAAGAUGGAGAAAUCGUUUUUGAGUUUUCAGAGUAGCUAUCCUUCAUGGGAACCCAACAUUCACGGAAAGCAGUUCCUGUUAAAUCUUAAAACUUUUAGGGACCAAAAGUUGCAAGGACAGGGAGUUAGACAUGUGUACUCUCCUCGUAGAAUGUGGCGAGGGAGCCCCAGUUAUAGAGGCCCCGGUGAUAGAAAUAUCCCCUUUUCAAGGGAAAUGCCAUUUAAUACUCCCGGCUUUCAGCUGGGUUCUUUGUGGCUACUUGAUAUAGAUCAGAGGAAUCACCCAUACCUUCUUGAUUGUUAUUAUACUUCUCGACCUCACACUUCCAUGGACAAUACAAGAGAUGCCACAGCAGUACCAUUUGAAGCAGCUGAGCAACAACAUUCAAGAGAUUAUUGGAUGCCAUCCAACUUGACACAUAAUGAAGCACAAUAUGAUGAAGAGUUAUGGGGUCACAAUUACCAGGAUAGAUCAGUCUCUCAUUUGGGGGCUUCUACGUCUGCCCCAUUCUUUCAGGAAAGUGUGCUUCAACAUCAUGACUCCAGCAACCUCGCACAUCCUACUAGGAGCCAUUGGUGGGCUAGAAGCGGCCCGCGUGAUGCACAGCCCCAAACAAGUUUCCUCGAGCCUCCUGAUUUCAACCGCUAUGCUUCAGAAAAUUAUCAUGAUAAUUUCUCAGAAAGAAGCUUGGAGGAGCAAGAGCAACACUUGGAUUGGAGAAACUCUAACGGAUUGUCCCGGACUACUUAUUUGGAUGAUGACAUUGACGCAGGAAGGAGUGUGAGUCUUCAUUUUGACGACAUUUAUAGCAGACCGCCUGAAACGCCCCCUGCAUUUCGAGAUCCCCCAACCUUCUGACAAUCAAUUACCUCUCCAUUUGUUUGAGAGGUUCUUGUUUUUAGAUUUGUGGAAUGCAUAUGGGUUUCCGAAGAUGGACUGUGAUUUCUUUUCUGUGUAAAAAGGAAACUAAUGUAUUCUUUGUUGUAUAUAAGAUUCAGUACGAGGUUAGAUUCUCAGGUAGGCCCUAUCCCAUUUUAGAAGGUAGCAGGCUCCAAAGUCACUGCAGCUGUUAUGGAACUGUAAAAACAUUUCCCAUCUAUUGAUCAUUUACAAAUCCUAUUCUAAUCAACUAGUUCAUUUGAUCA